GUACUACUGUCCGUUUCUGCAGUAUAAAAACUGUUCUCAAACAGGGAGUGGUUCAUUUACGCCUCAUUCAGCAGCAUCAAGACAAGCUGAAGACAUGUCGACCUUUUUCAAACUUAUGAUCUUCAUUUGCCUUCAGAAUGGCGUUCCAGCUCGAGUCAUGGAUGUUGAGAACCUAAAAGCUGAGCCAGAACAGCUGCCUACAGAGGCUAUUGACACCUGCAAGACAUGCACUGAAAUGUUUAACCUUCUCAAAGAUCUUGUUUCAGAUCCUGGGGUUCAGGGGAUGAUUAAGCAUGACAUGGAGAUAAUGUGCGAGUCGCUGGGCAAACAAUUUAGUCCUAAAUCAGAGAAGAUCUGCAAGGAUAUGGUGGACAAAAGCCUGCCUUUGGUCUUCUCCGUCUUCAGCAGUGUAUUGAAACCAGGUGUGCUUUGCACUGGACUGGGACUCUGUGUUGUCCAGGUAGAAAACGAGUUGCAAGGUUUCAUGGUCAAACUUCAAACAGCUCUCAAAUCUUCACAUCUAACGGUCAAGUCUGACCUUCAGUGUAAGUUCUGUGUCUAUUUGAUUGAGCUCCUGGAAGGACUUCUGCCUAAAGAGAGGACCGAGGAGGCCAUCGCCCACAUGCUGGAGCAGGUGUGUCACAUCGUGCCCUCGGCGUACAGGGACCAGUGUGUGGCCUUCAUCGAGCUGUACAGUAAGAAACUGAUAGAGCUGCUCCUGAGCCAAUCCAGCCCCCACACCAUCUGCACCCUCGUCCAUCUCUGCAAGGGCGCGGAGACAGCAACCACUGGUGUUCACAUGAGUGGCUAUGCUUGCGCCAUGAACAGCUAUCGGUGCCAGAACCUUCUGACUGCUAUGGAGUGUGGGUCAGUGGAAUACUGUCAGAAAUACGCCUGGUUGUAAAAUCUGUGUGCAUGCUUGGAUAAAGAGAAGACUGGCCUUAGAGGACUGCACCUCAGCUUUCUGUAGUUUCCUCCGCAGAUAGCAGCUCUGUACACAAGCCCACGGUCACUAUAGCAACCUACAGUCACCCACCUACACAAUUGGGAUAUCUUCAGAUUGCUUUCACAGUCUGUCGUUUUUAAUGUGUGAAAAGCAUGCUUUGGGUUCAAGAUUUCUGUGUGAGAUAUCGGUGAAACUUGUAAAGCCAUGCUGUUUAAAUACACAUGAAACCAGAACAUUGCAACAUGUUGUUUUUAACGUCUUUAAAUAAGAUCACACCCAGUGGCUUUGUCAGUGCUAGUCAAUGAAGCCAACCAGUCCACAGUUGAUGCUUAUCAAAUCAAAGUUCCCUGAAGUCCUUGAAUGUUCACCUAAAUUUUACUUUAAUGCUAAGAAUGCUUCUGUUUUCAAUACAUGUCGUAUACAUAUUAUGUGUAUGACAACUCUGUCUUUUCUGCUCCAUUGCUGCCAUUUUUUAUUGGUCAAUCAUACUGCACUAUUUGAUCUGUACUUUGAAUGUGCUAAUAAAUAAUUGUAAAAUACAGAUAA